AAGAGGCGGGAGGAGAGGGGCCGAGACACCCGCCCCGGCUCUUCCUGCUCCACCGCCCUCCACCUACUAAGGCUCCCCGCGCGCAGCGCUCGGCUCACUGGCCGUGCGUCCCAGCAGCCUCCCAGCAGCCGACGAUCCCGCCGCGCCUCCAGCCAAGACCUCACCAAAAUGCCGUCUCAAAUGGAACACGCCAUGGAAACCAUGAUGUUCACGUUUCAUAAGUUUGCUGGGGAUAAAGGCUACUUAACAAAGGAGGACCUAAGAGUACUCAUGGAAAAGGAGUUCCCUGGAUUUUUGGAAAAUCAAAAAGACCCUCUGGCUGUAGACAAAAUAAUGAAGGACCUGGACCAGUGCCGAGAUGGCAGAGUUGGCUUCCAGAGCUUCUUUUCGCUAAUUGCUGGGCUCACCAUCGCAUGCAAUGACUAUUUCGUAGUACACAUGAAGCAGAAGGGAAGGAAGUGAGCAAUUACUUUGCCCUGAUAAGAGUUCUCCCAAUGGGUCCCUUAAGGAAUAUGUGCCCCACAGCUUCCCCCUGUCUAAGAAUUUCAUGAGCAGAUUGGGACUCUUAAAGAAAUGUACAAAUAAAAUGCCACCCCCAUUGAACAAGAGAAAGAAAAGCCAAUAAAGCCAGAUAAGCUUUUGAUUUUUAUAUUGCUUGUAUCCUCUUGCCCCCCAAUAAACAAGUUUUUUUUUAGUUCCUAA